GAUAUGGAGCUGGGUGCUGCAAGCAGUGAUGGCCCACCUGACCAGGAGUGUUCAGUCUGCAAAGAUUCAAUCAAAGACCCCAUGCGUCUUUCGCCCUGCGGUCACAUGUUCUGCAGGUGCUGUCUGACUGAGUCCCUGAAAAGCAGACCCCACUGCCCUCUCUGCAGGACCCCAGCCAGCGAUGAUGUCAUUCUAGACACUGUGAGGGUUCGCCACAGUGCAUUAAGGAAUCGCAUCAUGAGGCCGGCUCUGGCUCUGCCUGUUCAGGGUCAGUUCUCUCCUGCUCCCUCGCCGACAGUAUCCCGCAGCAUACAGGAACGAAUGAACCUUCUGAGGCAGGCAGUGGAGGCGGCGCAAAGCACUCUACGCACCUCAUCCGACAUGGUCUCGCCACCUUCAGGGGGACCUCCGGUUGCCCCCACGCCCCUCCCAAGGCGUACCCUCCUGAAUUCCAGCGCAAGGUACACUGAGGUCCAGGCAAUCCCCGCUGAUGGUUUGGGGGCUGCCCCCCAGGGGGCUCUCUCACCAGCAGCCCAAACAAGCCAAGGAGGUCCCUCCGCCCCUCUGUUGGGUGGAGCCCCACCUCCUCAACAGCACCGUCCCUUGUCGCCCAGCUCCCUGUCCUCGGACGAAGACUACAUGAAUGACGUAAUGGAUGACUGUGAACUCAUGCAGUUGCCUCGGGAAGGCCCUGGCUCUGGCAUCAUGACAUACAGCUGCCCGUACUGCAAUGAGAGUGGUCUGGACGAGCUGGACCUCCUGGACCACUGCAAUGCCAACCACAGAGACGACAGGAGACGGGUGGUGUGCCCCAUAUGUACAUCACUGCCUCACGGAGACCCCAACUACUACAGCAGGAACUUUAUCGGGCACAUCAACCUCAGGCACCAGUACUACAGUGAAGACUUCAUGGAUGUUCGCCAGAAUGACUCCAUCAAUGAACAAGCGGCAAUCCUGGCAUCCUGCAACAUGCUGGUACAACAUAAAUGA